AUGAUUGCCCUUAACAAGAAAGGCUCAUGUUCUUCUCAACUUUGCCUCGCUCUCUAUGCCUUUGGGGUGGCGUUGCUGAGGGAUGUGUCCCAGGCUGUACCCAUGGAUGAUCAGGAUUAUUACCUGCAGGAGAUUAGCAACAGGGAUCACUAUUAUUCCUUUCCAUAUCCCGGUGAAGAGUUUUUUCCUUUCACGGAGCAGCCUGGAGAGGAAGGACCUAUCCGUGCUGCAGAGACAGAGGAGCACCCCCUGUUCAAACCAAGCAGGAAAGAGUUAAAAGUGAAGAAAAACAACAAAAAAGGAAAAUCCAUUCUUGAAACUCCACCAGAUUGUCCUCCACUUGGACUGGAGACAUUAAAAAUUACUGACUUCCAGCUCCAUGCUUCUACAGCAAAACGAUAUGGCCUUGGGGCCCACAGAGGAAGGCUUAAUAUUCAGGCAGGUGUUAACGAAAAUGAUUUUUAUGAUGGUGCUUGGUGUGCAGGAAGAAAUGACCCAUAUCAGUGGAUUGAAGUAGAUGCUCGAAGGCUAACAAAAUUCACUGGAGUCAUCACACAAGGGAGAAACUCUCUCUGGUCGAGUAACUGGGUGACCUCUUACAGAGUAUUGGUGAGCAAUGACAGUCAUGCAUGGACUGCUGUCAGAAAUGAAUCUGGAGAUGUGAUAUUUGAAGGAAACAGUGAAAAAGAGAUCCCAGUUCUCAAUAUGUUGCCGGUGCCACUGGUUGCACGCUAUAUCCGUAUAAACCCACGGUCCUGGUUCCAAGAAGGUAGCAUCUGUAUGAGACUGGAAAUCUUAGGGUGUCCUUUGCCAGACCCAAAUAAUUAUUACCACAGAAGAAAUGAAAUGACAACCACAGAUAACCUGGACUUUAAGCAUCACAACUACAAGGAAAUGAGGCAGCUGAUGAAAACUGUGAAUAAAAUGUGCCCAAAUAUCACAAGGAUUUACAACAUCGGAAAAAGCAACCAAGGACUAAAGCUGUAUGCUGUCGAGAUUUCUGACAACCCAGGAGAACACGAAGUUGGUGAACCAGAAUUUCGGUACAUUGCAGGAGCUCAUGGGAAUGAAGUGCUUGGACGUGAGCUAAUCCUUUUGUUAAUGCAGUUUAUGUGCCAGGAAUACCUGGCUGGGAACCCACGCAUUGUACAUCUCAUUGAGGAUACCAGAAUCCACCUCCUGCCCUCAGUCAAUCCAGAUGGAUAUGACAAGGCAUAUAAAGCGGGUUCAGAAUUAGGGGGCUGGUCUUUAGGACGAUGGACUCAGGACGGCAUUGACAUCAACAAUAAUUUCCCCGAUUUAAACUCUUUGCUCUGGGAGUCAGAAGAUCAGAAGAAGAGUAAAAGAAAAGUUCCAAACCAUCACAUCCCAAUCCCUGAUUGGUACCUGUCUGAAAAUGCCACUGUGGCAGUGGAGACACGGGCAAUAAUAGCAUGGAUGGAAAAAAUUCCGUUUGUGCUGGGUGGCAAUUUGCAGGGAGGGGAGCUGGUGGUGGCAUACCCAUACGAUAUGGUGCGAUCCAUGUGGAAAACCCAGGAUUACACACCUACCCCAGAUGACCAUGUCUUUCGUUGGCUUGCAUAUUCCUAUGCAUCCACGCACCGGCUGAUGACAGACGCGAGGAGGAGAGCGUGUCACACUGAGGAUUUCCAAAAGGAGGAUGGCACUGUUAAUGGAGCAUCCUGGCAUACCGUGGCUGGAAGCAUAAAUGACUUCAGUUAUCUGCACACAAACUGCUUUGAGCUGUCCAUCUACGUUGGCUGUGACAAGUAUCCCCAUGAAAGUGAGCUGCCUGAAGAAUGGGAAAACAACCGUGAAUCCCUGAUUGUGUUUAUGGAACAGGUUCAUCGGGGCAUCAAAGGCAUAGUAAAAGAUGCGCAUGGAAAGGGAAUACCAAAUGCUGUUAUUUCAGUAGAAGGUGUUAACCAUGACAUUCGCACAGGAGCCGAUGGGGACUACUGGCGCCUUCUUAACCCAGGGGAAUACGUGGUGGAUGUGAAGGCAGAGGGCUACACCACCGCCACCAAGACCUGCGAAGUUGGCUACGACAUGGGAGCUACCCAGUGCGACUUCACCAUCUCCAAAACCAACCUAGCGAGAAUCAAGGAGAUCAUGAAGAAGUUUGGGAAGCAGCCGAUCAGCCUGUCCAUCCGGCGGCUCAGGCAGAGGGCUCGGCAGUGGCGGCAGCAGCGAUAGACCUCAGCCUGGGCAGAACCACAGCAUCCACGAGCUCUGCUUCUAUCAGCCUGCCUCUAGUUGUAGUGAGAGUUACAUAGCCCCUCUUUCAUACAUAUUUCUCUGCACGAGGCCUUUCUGUUAGUGGAGCUGGAUGAAUAGUGGGGGGUUUCAGUUGGAAAAAAAUAAGAAACAAAAUACAAGUUGAACCAAAAUAAGCCCUGGGUUGGGGAGAGAGGCAGGAAGAAUGUAGAAAGAUGUUUGGAGUUAACCUGGAAUGAUUUUUUUUGCAUAUUGGGUUAUUUAAUCCUUUGUAAAUCUGUUUUCUUUAAAAAUAGAAAAGAGAGAGAGAUACUUAUAAAGAAGUGUUGUUUUGAAUGAAAAACUGUAAAAUGUUGUUUCUAAAGUAUAAAAUUGGUAUAUUUUUGCAAUUCAAAAAAGAUCUUACACUCUUUAUAUUUUGUUCUCAUAUGGGAGAAAAGGAGACAACUUCUGGCAAAUAUCAUUAAAAUUUGUGUCAAAAUUUCAGUUCCCUUUUCCCUGAAGUUCCACCUUUUGGCAAGCACCAUAAUACCUGGGAGAAAAAACCUAAACCAAAUAACCCACUUUAGCUUUCCUGCUUGGGUUGAUUAUGUUUAAGGAUGUCUUGUGAUUCCAGAGUUUAAUGCCAGGAAUGUUUUUUCUUCUCUGGAUUUUAAGGCUGAGUUUUUACUCUAUUAACUAAACAUAGUAAAAAGGGCACGGGAUAAGGACCACUUCAGCACUGUGGCAUGGCACCCCUCCUCUAACCUGGGAAAAAGACUUGAAACAAAGCUUUUCUUGUGGAUACAGCUGGUCAUAUCAUGUGUGUGAGAGGAGAGGCCUGGUCAUGGCUAUGUGCAUAGUUCAAAAAUCCACUAAUAUAUGUUUUCUUGAUUUUUGGCUUGCCUAUAAUCGCCUUCUGUGCUCAUGCACACUGUGUGCCACUGUCUUCUCUGACAUGCAAAGGAUUUUGUAUUCCUCUGCAUGGUCUGCUCAUCUUGCCACUGCAGCUACUGCUGCUUUCCUGGCCUUACGUCUCUAUGGGAGCAGGAUUUGGGCUUUAUUAUUGGAUUUUAAGGAACAAAAUUAUACAGCAGCAUAGAAUUGGGGUUCAGGAAAUAUGUAGAUCAGAUCUGGGAAAGAAUGAACUAAACAAACACAAAGUAUCAGCUGGUGAAAAUCAAUUUUGCUUCAUUAACUUCAAAGUUAUGACCUUUAUUAUGCCAGAUGAAAGGCCAGUUGCAUGAUUUUAACCAGUCAAAAUUCUGGGGCUAAAUAAACAUCUCUUCAUAUGCUUGUUAGAAAGACUGUGGCAUACAUUUCCAAAUAAAAUUCUUUAAAACAU